AUGUUGAAAAGCCAUGGGUUGCCACUGCCUCUGUUGGUGUGGCUCGUGUCUCUGCACACUUUGAAGCAUCAGAAGCACAGAAUUGAUGUUUCUCGCGAAGCAGCUUCGGAGCCAGACGUUGCUGCUGAUAAUGACGUCGCACGUGGUGCGAAAGUGUGGGCAUUGGUUCGUGUAAGCGAGAUCCGGAUUUAUCAUGCAAUGCUUAAGAUCCCUGGAGAAGCAAAGCGUCAGCUGAAGUUCUGGCAGCAGGUGACGGAUAAAUCUUUGCAUGGUGAAGCUUUCCUUUUCGAUAUUGAAGAUGUCUUGCCAUUACCUGAACCUGUUGAUGUCCAGCAGUUUGGAGAGUCACGUUUUCGAUCUUUCGUCGCCCAGCUGGAGAUGGAGCAAGGCCCACGACUCUGGACUGCACUGGGCGAGGCCAUCAGUGAGAAUGUGUGGGCCGGGAGCGAGCCUCCGAAGCUUGUUUUGCGUGCAGCAGAACCUUACAUCCGAAAAGUGCUGAACAAGACAUGGGGGACCAUUCUGCUGCCUCAUUUGCCAAGCAAGAAGGGAGAGGGCACAUCAGGCCUCACAAUGGGUUGGGAUUUGCUCGGCGUUUGUCCAGGUGAUGUGCCAACCAUUCCGGACUAUGUUCAUUCUUUUCCCGAUCACAAAGAUUGUUUAGACUUAAGCACAUCUGUGUUGGACUCAGCCAUUGACAUGCUGCAGAGCUAUGGGUCGUCUGUUUUGCAAGAAGCGAACAUCUUUGACAAUGUAGAGUACGAUGCAGUUCAACGUUGUGUCGCUGCUUUCCAAGCGUUGCUAGAGGGUCUGGAUCCGAGUGCCUUCGCGCGAUCAGCGCGAGAGAUGACAGGCAAGGGCAACGCUUUCUGGAAGUCUAGCAGAAGGCCUUAUCAAGCCGCCUUUUUGGUUAAAGCUGUAACCAUGGCAAGCCUGCUGCAGAACUCUUCUUCCAUGCAUGAAGUGUUGAGGCAGGCAGCGGCGAUGAUUUUGCCUCAGGUUUUGCAUAACCCCUUCAAAAACAUGUUGGACACUUGCAAGCUUUGCGUCCCCCAUGCCAGCACGAUUUCCCGCUGGAAACUGCUGCUUGACGGUGGCUUCAUGUUGCUACAGCGUCGUUUAAAUGAGAGCCUGCAUUCUGGGAUUGCCAGCAGCGGCAAAGGUGGUGUUUGCCGGUUCUUGAUGGCAGAUGCGUCCACACAGCACGGCAGAGAAUUUGAGCAUAUCAUGCUGGCCAACAUUAGGAAGGCUGACCUCGCACGUUUGUAUCGGUCCGUUCGUUCUCUCCUCGACCAGUGGAAUGCAGUGGACGAUGACGACAGCGCGGCUUUGCAAGCCGAGGAGAGCAUCAUGGCAGAUCUGAGCGACAGUAUUUCUGAACAUCAUUUGCCUCUCAUGGCGCUCGGGUCGGGGCGCACAUCUUUGCAAGACAAGUUCAUGUCGGUCAUGUAUGCCAUGAUGCUAGAAUCGGGGUAUUCUGCAGAGGGUCUUCGGGCGUUUGCUCAGGAAGUCUGUUGCGGAACUUUCGAUCUCGGGGUUGAAUUUUCGCUGAACACGAUCAUGCCUGCACCUUUUCUUAAACUUUUCCCGUGGUAUGUUUCUGAUGAACCUGAGCAAGAGAGAUUCUGCGGUGGGCAUGCUCUGGGAGAAGAUGGCUUCGAUGUGUUGCCUGAAGCCGAAGAAGCACCGGAUGUAGAGAUUUCUUUGCAAGGCAUGCUGUCCAUACCGGGACCAUUGCAUAUCUUGCAUAACGCUUCACGUCUAUUGCUGACGCAGCUACCAUAUUUGGGCCAAGCUUUGCCUAAACUGGUUGCGCUUUCCAGGUUCCUCGCAAGCAAGACAUACAAGCAACGACUUCUGGAGACAUGCUUCGCAACUCCAGUCAGCAGAACUUUCGCUCCCGACUUCAACAGGUUUCACGCAAAAGUCAAUGAAGGCAGGUGGGGUUCAGUGGCAUUCGCCAUACCAGAGAUACUCCAUUUGCAAGUGCCACUUCGGCGCUAUUGGAAUUUGCGUGCUUUCAAUCACUUUUCAGACGAUGCACAGCAGCGGGAGAUCGGAGAGCAAGGGCCCACUGCAGUGAAGCUUGAAUCCGUGAAUGAAACGAUUGAGAGUGCGGAGUUCUGGGCGCAGCUGCAGACCCUGGAGCGGCUGUUUUCAGUAGUCCGGGAAUUGUUCGAAUGGUUGGAAGCUUGUCCGUGCCACUACAAGAGAAAGCCUCCGCCAGACAGGCCCGACGUCAAGAAACGAUGGAUGUCUUGCCCGCUGCGAGGUCGGCGGUUAGCGGAGAUUUCUUGUGGAGGGUUCUUCGAGGUUGUGAACCGACUUUGUUUGGCAAAUGCUGCUCAACUGUAUGUUGAUUUGCCGGAGAGUCUGCCUGAAGAGUGUCGUGCUGCUUGUCUUUUGGACUAUGAGCACGGUCGAGGACACUUAACUUUUCAGCUGACAUUGAAAUUGUCAUGUUUUCUGCAGCCACCACUUCUCCUGCUUGGACUAGGGCAUCAUGACUCAGAGAACCCAGACUCCCCGAGAGAAGUUAUGCAACGCUGCUUGGGGUCCGAGUGCCAGCAUCCACAAGUUCUCCAGCUGUCCGAGGGGUCUUUGCGAGAGGAGGCAGACCUAUUCAUCCAAGGGGAGGACCUUUCAUUGCUUGAGAAUUUGGAACUGUUUGUGGCAAGUUUUCGCUUUGCGUGGGGCACGGAGCGCAAGGUGGAGGGCGGGCAUGCACAAGUGCACAUGUAUGCAGCUGGAAGACGCAAUCGCACAGAGGCAACAGAUUCCUUGGCACUUCGGCUAGGAGAAAUCAAAAGGGUUCUAACGUCGGAGGAUACGACUUCCUUCAUCGAGUGCAUUCAAGUUGCAAGGAACCCGCAGAAGCUGAUAGCUCGUCUUGGUUUGUCAAGACACCCAGCCUGUGCACUUGCGAAACAUGGAUGGGACCGCAUUUACCGAAAAGUUGUUUAUCAUGCAGAUCCUUAUUCUUUGUACAACCGUCAGCAGCCAGUGCUCUAUAUCUCGAAGGAGCCAGUGCGUGCCCACGACCGGCAUGUGCCCCUGAUGGACCGCAGGGAGUCUGAAGCAGACUUGGCGCCUGAACUGCUUGAGAUACAACGUGUUCUGGCGUUGCGACAUUUGAAGAAGCAGUUGGAAACUCUGUGCAAAGAUGCUGAGCAGCGUGUGAUGUGUUCCUGCCAGAUUCCGGCAGUGGCGUUGAAACUGUUGCUUGAAUGGCUGGCGCCUGCUAAGUAUGCUCAGCGCCAGCCACCGGAAACCCCAGUCGACGCCGCUGCGCCACGACUUGAACAAACUUUGGUGUCUGCUGCUGCUCGUGACAGUGUUGAAGAUGUCGUGUUCUUCCGAAUUGUGAGCUGUGGCUUGUCCAGAGCCCAUCUAGCAGCGCCUGGAGAUUUCCAGUCGAAUGAUGUUGGAAUUUUGUUGCUCAGGAAUGAUGGCCCAGGUGAGGCAGCUGAAUCGUUCAAGAUCGAAACCUCCGGAAUGAAAUUGCAGUCCGAUGUUGUCAGAGCAUGUGACCUUCAGGCUUUUCCCAUGGUGUUGUCUUUGUCAUCUUUGACAUUGCCGCAACUACGCUCUUUCAAGAUCUGGAAGGAGUCAACUGCUGAUGUGCAGGUAAACAAAGAUGAGGGCACUAGCCAUGUUCUGGCAGUGGCACCUGCUCCUCUGAUGACGGUGCGGGAGCAGCUGGAGCUAGCUGACUGUUCCAUGUUUGAGCUGGUGGAGAAGCUCUGCAACGACGGAUGGGAAUGCAUGGUGGCACGCACACCUGCCCUCCAGACAGAAGCUUCCAAUAUGCCGUACCGUGUGGGUGAGCAGAAGCGUUGGUGGCUCUCGCUGGCAGAUGUUUCGGAUCCUCACAACACACGUCUGCGAGCCUAUGUGAGGGCUCUUCUGACAGCUGACAAUCAUCACUGCGAUGUAGCUCACUUUCAAACACUUGCUGAUUAUCUCCGGAUUGUGGAUCCUCAUGAGCUAGCUGUUUUGGAAGACAAGCAGAGAAAGGCUCGCAAACGAAAGAGUGCUCACAUGCAGGUCCUCAUGGAUAUGGAUGAUUGGGAUAUCCUCGAGACUCAACCCAAGCCAAAAGCCAAGAGGUCUAGAAAGAAAGGGCCGGCUCCGAAGCGAGCCAGACGCAAGCAACCUCUUGCAGCCAUUGAGUCACAAACGAAUCCAGCUCUGGCGUUGGAUGAUGCCGCGCUUGCGGCAGGUGAUGGCGAUGACGUCGUUGAUGGUGCCUUGCGUGCAUCUGAGGUUGUCGAGGCGGCUGCCUUGGAAGAUGAUGGCUCCCAGGCUUCGGAAAUUUCGUCAGAUGAGCUUCUGCAGGAGCUUCGAGCUGUGAUGGUGGAGGGUGACGGUGACGGUGAGCCAGUAAGAGCUGAGGGAGCGGCGGUCGAUGUUGAUGCCGCUGCCGGUGACUCCGAUGACAAAGGUCCAUCCGAUUCAUCCUCCAGCUCCAGCUCCAGUUCUUCCGAUUCCGAUUCAGGUUCUACCGGCUCUGACAGUGGUGGCAGUGGCAGUGGUGGCGAAAGGCCAGCUGCCAAAAGCAAAGCGGGCCGGAAGGGCCCGAAGCCGAAGGCUAAAGCCAAGGGCAAAGCCAAGCCUUCAGCCCGUUCAAUUGUCGUUGCUGCAGGCUCACGUGACAAGUCCAAUCGUGUGGAGUAUGGGUUACACCAUUUGGUUCCCCGGUUCAAGGAUUCUGUUCUUGUUGGUUACCAAAUGACAUGCUGUGUUUCUGGGCACAACACGAGUGCCAAAUGCACACGCGAGAUGAGUGUGAGCGUUGCAGGGUCGGCAGAGGAUUGCCGAAGGAUACUCAAGGCGUGGGUCUUAUUGGGUCAUAGCUUGUCAACCAGGGAGGAACACAUGGACAGAUCGAGCCGCGAUUCACUUCAAGAAGCUUUGAAGCAAGGAACGCUGCUGAGCGAAAAGGAACUGGACAGUAUCUUAGCUAUGUCGGAGGAUUCGGAGAUUGUGGCUCCCUUUUGCGAGCCAGACAAGAAAAGCAAAAAGAAAAAAAACUUGCUCGGAGGCGCAGGCAGUGUGCCCAGACACAUCCACGAGGACAUGGAGUCAUUGGCUUCAUCAGGCGGUGUUCCAAUAACAACACUAGCACAGCGCCAGCGGAACAAACUGACGUCGUCAACCUCCUACGGUGUUCCGUCUUCGCUUCAAACUGCAUUAACUCAUGGGUACAUUGGGCCAAAUUUGCCCCCGCCACGUGGCUACUAUUGGGCUUAUCAUGGCGGUUCUUGGAUGUUGAAGAUUCGUGGCGGCUGA